UGUCAGUCUGUUAAUCAUAGAACAAAGUUAAUAGUGCAUUCUCUGAUUAAACCUCUUGUUACUUCACUAUUUUUCUUUAUUACUGACCGUUAUGGCCAUAAAUGUUAUCACAACAUUGAUAUAUAUCUGUAUAUAAGUAUCUGUAUCUGAGUACGGUAUAUUACAGUAUUCAUUUACUGUUCAUUUGGAAAGAAAUAUGUUGCACGUGAGUUAGACCUUGAUGGUAAAUAUAAACAGAUAAGAAGAGGAAGACAACAUGUGAAGUGACGGAAGUGUUCCUCUCUCUGGUGUGUGUGUGUGUGUGUGAGAGGCUUUCAGUGUGUGUGAGAAGAUUCAUGUGUAUUGUGGGUCACUCUGCUUUAAAUAUGAUAAUAUCAUCCAGCUGCUGUGUGUGUGUCACUGAGCUGGAACAGAUUGACAGAUUAGAGUGCAGGUUAAUCCUGUGUGUGUGUGUGUGUGUGAGAGAGAGACUCAUUCAGUGUUUCUGAAGGUAUGUGGAGUGUGGGAUCAUCUAACCUGUCCAGUGAAUCAGUUCAGGUCAUCUUUACACAGGUAGAGUCCAGGCUGUGUGUGUGUGUGUGUGUGUGUGUGUGUGCUGAUGUUUCAGUGUUUUCAUCUCUAAGCAGGCCGUGUCCCCAGCAGCAGCAUGUCUCUGCUCUCGUCCCUGCGCUCUCCUCGGCUGUCCUUCAUCCAGACUCUGCUGUCUCUGCUGCUGUCUCUGGUGUCCCUGUCCUCCUCGUACUGGUGCGUGGGCCGGCAGAAGGUUCCCAAGCCUCUGUGCUCCGCGGCUCGCCGGCUCAAGUGCACUCCGGUGCACGGCGUCUCGGAUGGGUCCUUCUCCUGGGAGACCGGAGACGAUCGCUUCAUCUUCCCCUCCUUCCACGCCGGACUCUGGACCACCUGCGAGGAGAACAUCUUCACGGACGCCUGGGGUGAGGGGUCAGGGGUCAGGGGUCAUGUUUGUGCUGAGCGUUGGACUGUGAACCGUAUCUUCUGUGGGACUUCUGAAACACUUAACAUGAAGAACGCUGAAUGCAUUAAAACUGCUUCAAAAGACCAAACUCAGCAAACUGCAAGUAACAUCAAACAAGCAGGUGGACUUGGAAUAAGAACAGUAUUUACACGUUAAGCAUUUUCUAUAUACACACACACACACACGUUUAAGGUGUAAGUAAACAUCACGCUCACAUCUGCUUGUCUGUAAACAGUAUACUUUAUUAAUAAUGUGUUUGUUUGGUGUUUUUCACGUGAAGUGUUCUAGAAUGUCCCCUGAGAGAUAACUCUGAUCAUUCAUUUACAGUAGAAUUCAGAAAGAGUGCUGUGAUGCUGUGAGACUGUGAAGGUUCAGGAAGGUCUUCAGGAGAAGGUUUUCUUCAGGUUUCACGCUGCUGGAUCAUCUUUGAGCGUGUGUCUCUGCAGAUGAGACGAGGACAGAUGUGUUUGUGAGAGAUUGAGAGAGAUUCUCUAAGAGGAUUAUUAUUUUAGCUGUUUUCACUCUGAGAGCUUAUGAAGUAUUGUGUGAGUAACUAUCUACAUGCGACCGAGUUACCAUAAGGUGUAAUUAAAUAUAUGUUUAGUUACAAUAAUCUUAACAAUUACAAGGGGGUUAUAAACAUACAGAUUGAAUUGAUUUCUUUCAUAAAUUGCAGUGACUGCUCUAAAAUACAUGAACGUUUGAGGAGCUUAUGAGGACACAGACUUAUUUAACAACUCUUCAU